AACAGGACCUCGGCUUGGCUUGAUAAGGAAGAGGGGGUUCAGAAGCAGAAGUUGUGAGUGUCGCACGUACCGCGCACCGCUCUCUCGCGAGCAUCUCAUCACGCUUCCACAUUCACUCACGACUCGCUGUGUGUAUGCUGUGCUCCAUCUCGAUUCACAAGGCUAAUCGAGGCGAAAGAAUGCCAAGCAGCAGCUCGCAGCACCCGCAGCGCCACGUCUGCGACCAGCCGGGUUGUACAAAGUCCUACGCACGGCCUGACCAUCUGUUGAGGCACCAAUUGAACCACGAGGCAGGUGCAAGUACCGUCUUGCGCUGCGAUCAAUGCGAAAGAACCUUCGUUCGUCCUGAUCUACUGACACGGCAUCUCGAGAGACAUGCGCUCCGAGGCAAGAACCUGGGGCGAUGGAGCAAUCACACGAAAGCUCCAAAAAAAACAAAGACGGACUCGACUGGGUUUGAUCACGACGCUCAGUCCGAAGACAUGUUUAAGCGACCAAGACGUAAUCAAGACGUCGAAGGCCCGAUGCGGGAACGAUACUACGGCCGGCCUCAGUCGACACUCGAGCCGCUUCACACCCCGGCCCAGCACUCUUCCCAGAGCCCUUUGAUGUCAGAUCAGCAGGGCAUGCAUGGCCGCAACGCUCUUUUGUGGACGUCCUCCUCUCCGCCCACCAGGAAUGUGGAUGCUCCCAUUUUCCUCAGCAAUGGCGAGCCGGCUUCCAUCGAAGCCUGGCGGGCCACCACUGCCGCUGCUGGUAGCAUAUCACCCACAAUGGCGCGAGACGGUCUGCCGCUAUCGGAGGACGCAUACUCGGCAGCCGGCGCAACCAACUCACAUUUUGGCUCACCGUCAGCCACACAGAAUGUUCUGCUUGGCAUGCACGCAAAAGGUCCCACCGGGCCUGAUGCUUUCCCGUUCGCUGCGCCCCCUCCCGACUUGUCUGCACAUUUCAAUUGGCUGUUGGACGGCAGCGAUCCCGCCAUGUGCUUGCAAAUGCUCUUGACUCCAGAAGAUCGACACUUGGAUUUUAGCCCUCAAAGCUCCCAUCAAGCGUCGCCGUCCGGAGGCAAUACGCUUCAUUUGAAUGUGGGGCAGCAAGCUGCCGGCGCGGCUUCGUCACCACUGUCGCGGGGUCCCAUUGCUUCUGCGGAAGACGGCCUUGAUGGGGCCAACGGACAUCCCUCACUGGAGGAAUUGACUUGGUAUGCAAGCAUCGAAGCGGCCGUCCCCGACACGCCUCUCACGCACGUGUCAGAGCACAAGAGGGCGGAGCUUCUUCAAUUCCUUGCAAAGUCCUACGAGCUUCCAACCUCGCCACUCUUCUCUUGCGCUUUUCUGCGAUACUAUGUCCAUCUAUUCUUCCAAAAGUAUCACCCUCAAUCGCCAGUCAUUCACAAAGCUACUUUCGUCGCGGAUCGUGCCGAUCCUUUAUUACUGGCGCCGUUGAUCGUCAUCGGAGCUCACUUCGGCGAGAGCAGGUGUCAUGAAUUUGCCGUUCGUGUGGGUGCCAAGCUCUGGGGUUCUUUUGUAUCGAUAGACGACUUUAGACCGGCAAGGGCCACCCUACAGAUGCUUCAAGGCAUGGUGCUCACGCAAGCAUUCUGCAAGAUGAUGGCUUCUAGACCGCAACACGAGACGAGCCACCUCUUCAGCAGCUUCGUAGUCACGCUGGCGCGUCGCAACGCUUGUUUCUUCGACACAUCGCAUCAUGGUCGCUACGAUACUUUCGACAUUGAGACGCGGUGGCAAAUGUGGUCUAAAGACGAGAUGAAGAAGAGGAUCAGCUUCAUGUGCUUCGUGUUGGAUGCUCGAGGAGCGCUCCUCUUCAGACAUAUCCCGGCGAUGUCUUGUCCACAGAUCCACCUUCACCUUCCUUCGCCGCAGGACGAAUUUGAAGCCCCAAGUGCUCAAGAAUGGAUCGCUCUUCGUGAAGCCAGGGGUGCCCAGUCUGAGAUGCAUUUCAUCAUGGCGAUCAAAGCUGCCAUGAACGGCCAGCCCCCUGCUAAUGGUGAUGUAUGGACGCACUACAUCCUUCUGCACGGCCUGCUCUCCAUCGCGUAUGAUCUUCGCUGGAAGCAGAAUGCGCUGCUAGGCAACGCUAACACCGAUUGGAGGCAGCGAGUAGUGAGAGCACUCGACUUAUGGAAGGUGUCUUUGGACAUUGCUUGCUGCAAAAAAGCAGAGGAUCUCUCCACGCAGGUCAUAUAUCGCAAAAGCUGCAGCCUAGCCGUCUGGUCGAAGAUCGCUCUGUACUGUGACUGGAUCGAGAUUCAAAUCUACGCGGGACUGCCCUCUGUCCUUGGACGUUUCAUCGAUCGAGCAACCUUCACCACCGCUCGGAACAACGUGCGUUCUUGGGCCAACUGCUCCGAGGGCAGACAAGCGACUUGGCACUCUGCUCGAUUUUUGGCAUCUGUACUGCUCGGCGACGGCAGCACGAGCUUCCUCAUUUCCGAAAGCGAAGCGGCAAAGAACGCCAUGAGAAGCGCAGCGAAAGAUUUGCCCCUGUGGAAGCUGAAAGGUGUGCAUGCGCAGAUGAGCGCGCAAAAGUCAAACGAUGCCGCUCCGACGUACGAGCUCGUGCAUCAUCCUUGGGUCUUGUACCUCUGCUCUCUGGUCCUCUGGGCUUACGGACAGGCUCUGGCACCGCCACAGGAGAAUGGACCCGAGCGAGCGUGAGUGCGCGAGGUAGUAGUAGCACCGCUCGGAUUACUGCUCACUUCCGCGCGAUUGCUCCCUUGCUUGGAUGCUUGCAGGGGCUUGCCCGAAAGCACAGCAAUGUCGACGCGUGAGAAGGCCCAAGCCUACUUCGCGAUCAUGGCCACUGAUCGCCCUGAAGACUUGGCGGAG